AGCGCUCACAAUGAAGACCUGAAUUGUCUUUAAUGUUUUAUUUUAUUUUAUUUUUGUUUGUUUGUUUUUUCUUUUUUCCUUAAGCCUAUGUCUUGUUUAUUACAGAAUGGCACCAAACUAUUAGGACGCAGAGAGGAUUCUGCACCUUUUCUUUAAAGUUCGGUUCCGGCGUCGCGCUCCUGGGCGCUUCUGAGUCAAAUCCUGGAUACGCGCGGCGGGGAGGAGGGGGGCGGAAAGUGUCAGUUUCAGCACCUGAGAGGAGGAAAGCUCCACUCUGUCUGCUUCUUCUGGGAAACCCUGCCCCAAAAACUAUUCCGCCGCCUCUGAUGUGAACUGCCCCGGUCCGACAAGCCUUCCCCUGCCCGCUUCAGGUGAGGAAGAAGCGCACAAAUCCGCUGAGGGAAGGAUCGGCGACCGACUGUGUGCUCAAUAUGUACCAGGGGCAUUUACAGGGGAAAGACUCUAGGGCUGCAGAUAAGACUGUUGCCAUGGUCCUGAAGGAGAUACCAAGUAAGGCGUCAUCAGAAGGGAAGCCCCUCCUCACGGUGACUACCAAGCUGGUGAGCGAGCAACAAGAGAGUCGGCCGCUAUUAAGCCCUUCCAUCGACGAUUUCCUCUGCGAGACCAAAUGUGAUGGGAUUUCCCGCCCAGUGACUUCCAACACAGCUGUUCUUUCUUCAACACUGGACCUUUUAGAUCUCAGUGAACCGGGAGAAAGGAGGAACAGCAAGGAAAAGAAAAGUGCUCUGGUGUCCCGAGGUGACGGCCAAAAGAGCAGCUCACACAAGAAAAAGACAGAUGAGACUGAGCUGAUCCAGGUGGAAGUUGAACAGACAGGACCAAGCAUGCGAAACCCUGACAGGGCAUCGCUUGAGUCAGUUACCAUUGGAUCGUUGGAUAAAUGGGAAGAACUUAAUCCCAACGCUGGGAAGAAUGGCAACAGAAAGUGGAAGCUGGAGAGACGGCGCUCUUCAAAAAACUCAUCCAAUGAGUUUUUAUGGUCUAUAGACUGCAAAAUCCAAUCUGACUCGUCAAAUAAGAACUUGUUGGAAGCAAACACCAAAGCAGAGCCAGAAUCAGCCUUGGCGUCACAACUCAACAGGCAGUAUAUUAGUGGAAGACAUGCUCGUCUAACGAAGGAACAGCGCUGGGGGAGCGCCCUCCUGUCAAGACAUCAGUCCCUGGAGGAGGAGUUUGAGCGAGCCAAGGCUGCUGUUGAGUCGGAUACAGAGUUCUGGGACAAAAUGCAGGCAGAGUGGGAAGAACUGGCCCGACGAAACUGGCUGACAGAAAACGAGCAGGCACAAAUACCCUCAUCUGUAUCUCCACAUGAAAAGGGUUACUACUUCCACACAGAUAAUCCUUAUAAGGACUUGCCUAAUGCAUUUGAGGAGGGACUGAAGAAAUCUCGAGAGGGAGACUUGCCAAACGCUGUGCUUUUGCUCGAAGCAGCCGUCUUGCAGGACCCUCAUGAUUCAGAGGCCUGGCAAGUCUUAGGGACAACACAGGCAGAAAAUGAAAAUGAGCAGGCGGCAAUUGUCUCCCUCCAAAGGUGUCUGGAGCUCCACCCUAACAACCUAGUGGCCCUCAUGGCUCUGGCCGUGAGCCUGACCAACACUGGCAUGCGUCAUGACGCCUGUGAAGCCCUGCUCCGCUGGUUGAAACACAGUCCCAAGUACAAGAACCUGCUGAAGGCCAAGAUCCAUCUGAUCGGCUCCCCCAACUCUCAGCGCAGAAUGUCUUACGCUCUCAAUGCGGGCCGACACGAAAGCUCACUGCUGCCAGAGGUCAAGGAGCUCUUCCUGGAAGCAGCUCAGAACAACUCGGACAGCGUUGACCCGGAUUUACAGACGGGGCUCGGGGUCCUUUACAACCUCAGCGGAGAGUUCAACAAAGCUGUGGAGGCUUUCAAUACGGCCCUGUCAGUCCGGCCUGAGGACUAUUUGCUGUGGAAUCGCCUUGGAGCCACAUUAGCGAACGGAGACCGGAGUGAAGAGGCGGUGGAGGCUUACACGCGAGCCCUCGAGCUGCAUCCAGGGUUCAUCAGGUCCCGCUACAACCUGGGCAUCAGCUGCAUCAACCUAGGGGCCCACAGAGAAGCAGCCAGUAACUUCCUGACGGCUUUAAGUCUCCAGAGGAAAAGCCAGAGCGCUCAGCAGUCGCAUCAGGUGAUGUCUGGCAACAUCUGGGCAGCUCUGAGGAUAGCUUUAUCUAUGAUGGACCAACCCGAACUCUUCCAGGCCGCAAACAUUGGUGAUCUGGACCUCCUGAUGAGGGCCUUUAACUUGGACUUUUGAGCAAUCGAUGGAGUGCGCUCCGUCAUUUGUUCUCUGGUCUCUAUCCAGAAGCCAAAAGCGCAAAGUGCACAUGGUUUGAGUGAACACACCAGCGUGUGUGUUUCGUUUCUGCAUAUCAAAAUGAACUAAAAAGGUCAAACCCUGUCAUGUCUUCUUGCCCUAAAUUUCCUGAGAGCAGUUCGGAGGGCCGCUUCUUCCAGAGGUUCUGAUGGUCUGCUUAGCGAUGGAAUGUGCACUGCAAUUUGUGAUUUCCCUAAAGAGCACAAGGACGGGCGAAGAUUGUAUGAGCAAUGCCUUAGAGGACACAUCAAUUAAAAACCGACUCAUGCAGUGGAACAGAGGUGAGCCAGGAGUGACAGCCAGAUUUAAGACUCCCAUAGAGGAACCCUCAUAAGCCAUUUGCAGCAGAAAAGAUGAGGUUUUGAGAGGAAGAUAUGUUGACUCAGGACUGUCUCUCCCUCUCUCUGACGGAUGGAUACUGUGAGCCGAACAAUAAAGGCUGCACCUUAUAACCCCGGAGCUCUAUAUUGUCUUCCUGGCUUCAUCUCCCCUUCUGUCAAUGGAGACUUAUUACUCUGCAUAAAAAAAACCACAACAAACAUUUUCAGAAAUGGAGAGAUUAGCAUACUUAUAGAAGUUUUCCCUUUGCACUUUUAGAUGACUUCCUCUAUCCACGUGGAAUGCGCAACCCAGGUUGUAAAGCCUUACUGAGAUGCAUGCGUCCAACAUUAUUUAUUUAUACUAUUUUUAUGGCAACAAGGGACAAAAUAUAUCAAAGCCAUUUUCAGACUGGUUUAAAUUUCUUAAUGUAAGUGCUGUUCUUAGAACCUGUACAAUUUCUGAUCGGCUAAUCUCAGUUCAGUUGAUUAUAUAUUUAUGCAGCUUGUAUGUAAUAUUUGCUGCUUUAAUUCUGACUGGCUGGGUAAUACUGACUUGAAUUGUGCGUUUUUUUAACCUUUCCCUAAGUGGUUAUAUUCCUAAAAAUGUCUCGUCUCAGAGGCCCCGACAAAGAAACGCCUAAUUUUUAUUUAUGCUGACUGUAUUCAUUUCAAUACAGCAUACUAACAUUAGAUUAAAAGAUGUGUAUUUGCAAGCCAGGACCCAAGACAGCAGCUUGAUGAAUUUUCUUAAUGUAGUCAUUUGUAUCUUUGCUGCUCCUUCUCCGGCAGUGAAGCUCAUUCAUUUAAUUAAAUCAGUUACCCUCAGCCAUCAUGCAUGAUUUCAAUAUUUAUAGAGGCUUGCGUAGAGUUGCACACAUUUGUUAGUUUGCUUUUACCAGAUUAAUAUGCAUCCAUACAAGGAAAAACAGAUUUUAUAAAUCAAGAAAUGCUACUCAGAAGAUCAUUAUACAUUAUAAAAUGCACCGAUUCUCCUGCUUAAGAUAAACCCUUUGCAGCACCUCUAAAUAUUUCUUAUGAUUUUCAGUUGUCAGCUUCCUUUUAGCCACAUUUUGAAAGUCACUGUGAGUUUAACACCGUGCAGCUUGCCGUGUGGCGGCGGAGUGAAUGAUAGAUUAUCUGCUGUGCAGUACAGCUCACUUUGGUGUUUAUCGGUCGCGUCCAUGGUCCGGGAAGCUUUUUUUGUCCUCCUUCUUGUUAUUGUCGGCUCCUAUGCAAAAGGUCACGUUUCAUGUUUGUCCCCAUCUGCCUCAGUGGACCAAAGAGAAGUGUUGAUUCUGUGUUUUGAAUGAAUGCUAUCAGCGGGAACCAGAGACCAGAACCAGAACCAUUCAUCUUCCUAACAGUGCAGCUGGGAUGACACACUCUGUGUUAGGAGGAGUGUUUUAUCAGGCGGCUGGGGGAGAACAAACACAAACCUGCUGAAGUGCAGCAUUGACACUGCAUGAAUCUGCGACAUAAUAAUGCAUCUGUGACUGCAGGUGCAGGCACCAAAUUCACAACUGUAGACAUUUUUUUCUUCUGUCAGCUCACUUUUCUCUUUGUUUGCAUAAGUAUUCAUACUUGUCACAUUACAGCCACAAACAUUUGCUUAUAUACAAACAAAAUUGUGUAUCAUUUUGAAGAGAAAGAAAACUGAUCAUUUUUGGUUAUUUUUUUGCUAAUUCAAAUGAAAAAAGUGUAACAUGCAUUUGUCCUCAGGCCCCAUAAAUAAUUUCAAUGUAAAAUCAAUUUUUACAAAGUUUGCAGCUCCAAAUCUUUUAGGCUUUUCUUUACCGGCUUUGAAAAGUUGCUAAUUUGUCGGGUUGGAUGGGAAACGUGUCAGCAACAACUUUUCAUGCUUCAGGCAUGGACUUUGACAUUUUUGCCAUUCUAAUGCAUAAAUGCUUUUAGCAUAUCUUUGGUGGUAGGUUUUGCAGUUUUGUCAUUUUUGAUAAUUGUCUUGUAUUUCGGCUCUAUUCACUCUGAAGGAGCAGCAACAUAUCCUGGUCUUAUGACUUUCUUUCAACGUGACUGGCUUGUUGCCACUUGUUCACAAAGACCAGUGCAACAUAUAAACAUUCUCCAAUCUGAGCUGUGAAUCUCCUCUGAAGUCACGUUGGUCACCAUGGCUGAUUUUCUCAAUGCUCUCCCUCUCUGGCCAAUUUACAGAGGUCUGAAUUGUUCUGCAGCUGGGUCAAAUAAUUCCCCAUUAGAUGUUCAAAUCAUGGGAUAUUGCUUGCAAACCUCACCCUACUUUCAACUUAUUUGAUGCGUUGCUUCGUCUCUAGGAUGUUAUUUGUUCACUAAUGUUCUCUAACAAACCUCAAGGCCUUCACAGAACAGAUGAAUUUAUAUAGAGAAGUUACACACAAUAUAAGUAAAUUGGUAGCAUAGGGUAUUAGCAUAAAUGUGCUUAUUCUCUGUUAUUUUAUUUGUGAAAAUAACAAAAACAUUUAUUAUUUCCGUUUGACUUCACUGUCUUGGAGAACAUUGUGUUUGUUGUCCCUCUUAUUUAAUCUGCUUACAAUUCGAUGAUGUUUGUGGCUGUACUGCAACAAUUCUCAAAGAUAUUUGUUUUACUUUUGGAUGGUAAGUAAAGUCAGUUUCACUUAAAAAGCAGCCACCUUCAACAAGAUGUUCAGUGGCCAAAAAAACUUGUAAGAGGAAAUCACUUUAGUUGGAUACCAGUUGCUCACAGUGACGAUUCCAUUACAAUUGAAAAUGAAACAAAAUUGUUUAAUUUCAAAGAGGCACAUGAAAUGCAGGUUGAAUGUUUUAUACUUUGCAAAAGUAGCUUCUAGAAAGGCUUUACAGAAAAUUAGGGGACAAAUUUAUUCUUAAGUUUAUGUUCACAGAGGUUAGCACUCAUUUGGCAAGUUUAGUUUAGUUACACUUAGAAACUCAUUGUGUUAUUAAACUGUAUAUAUUUGAAAUACUUACUAAUUUAAAAUAGGGAGUUUGUCAACAGUUUCUGAUGCACCAACUAUCACUCAUGUUGUUUUCACUUAAUUCAUGUGUAAUCUCUUGUUUUGUGUAAAAUCAUCCCAAAUCCAAAUUAUUCUCAACAACUAAACUCCCCUUCAACAACCUGAAAUGUUAACAUUAUGCUUUAAUUAUAGCCUUCCCUCAUCAGCUCAUUAAAAUCAACAUGAAAUACACUUUUCCCAGCACUUUGUGCUGGGAAAAGUGUAGCCACUGAAAAAAGCCACAGAAAAAAAUAUGUAGCCACUGAAAAAAUGACUCAUUAAGUUUUGCAAAAAUCCAAGCUCAUGUAAUAUUUCAGUGGCUACAUAUUUUAGAUAGCAGUGAAUGUUUAGAUGUGUCAAUAGUUUGAUAGAAUGAUAGUGACAUCCUUGAGAAUUAGCAGGGGAACUUUCCCUUUAAAGUUUUUUUUUUUUUUCUCCAAUCUGAGCUGUGAAUCUCAGUUUGAUUCAGCUUAGCUAUAAAACAAAGACAACAUUCUGGCAGUUUGACAGAGUUUUCCAGUUUAGAGCUAAUUGGAUUUUUAAUAAUACAAGCAUGGGAUUACAAGCAUACAGUAAAAUUCAUUCAGUUUACUCUUCUUUUUUUUUAGCUCAGUCAAUUAACAUAUUGACUUGUAAUUUUUUUUUAUAUUGUAAGAUUAAGUUAAAUACUAAUGAUGAUCAAUAGAUGCUACUUCCAGAAAUGUUUCCACUCAAAUAAAAAAUAUAUAUUUACAGAUGUCAUUUGUUACCUUCACUUACAUCUUCAGGAAGUCUUUCUGGAAAUAAUUAGAAUAGUCAAGCAGUAAUGUCUCAAGAACACAACUACGAUAGAUGUUGUGUGCACGAGUGUUUCUGUCUGCAGACAUGAGUACAUGUUGUGUUUGCUUGAUAAGCCUCUGUCUGUCUUCAUCCUGUGUCUUCUUUGUAAUAUCUUUACUUACUUUUAGAAAAGAAAAAUAUGUCAUUUGUAAUCAUUUUAUACGUACAAAUUGUUUCCAUGUGUUCUCUUUGUCAGCAGAUCUGUAGAAAAACCCCAUGUUUUGGAAUUUUGUUCAUCUUUCAAAUCACAUCUUGGGCCUUCUCUUUUUUAUUCUAUAACUUUGAAACAAAAAAAGGAGGAAGCUUAAAGCUCUGCCCUUAAAGUCAAGAUUUUUGUACAAUUAGGACCCUCCUCAGGUGAACUGAAGUAGCAUAGUGCAUGCUUCUGAGCAACAUCAUGAGGAGAUAGCAUGUUUAUUAUGGCACAGAAUUAUACCUUCAUUUUAAUGCAUGUCGGUGCUUGCUUUUGCUAUCACUAAUAUAUGUAACAUUUAGGCAUAUGAAGAGGCUUCCUUGCAAUAUUUCUACAAUGUACUGCAACCUUAGCAUUAAACAAUAUCUAUAUAUUCAGUAUUUAUUCAGCACACGAUAUGUUUUAUGGCAUAAAAGAAGUAGUGCAGGGCUCAUGCAGAAAAAUGAGGAUCCAAAAAAUAAUUUCAUAAAAAUCUAGAUUUAGAUCAUUUUCCUGCAGCAGUAGGCGAUCAUAGAUUAUAACACAGAAAUUUGGAACCCAACCUAUAAAAUGUUGCUUUUUGCCUCCGUUUCUUACCUUGCCAUGUUUGUUGCCAUAUCUAAAAACACGUUUUGCUUUUCUAUAAAGUUUGUAUGCUGCUUUCGCUGUGACCUCUUUUAGUGUAGUGCAAGCACAUCGGGACGAAGGGUGUAAAUUACUACUGCUGUUUAGUUUCAUUUUUCCUACUUAGCUCUUGUUUGAGGAAGCCCAUUCCUCCCUGCCUAAUAAAAAAACAAAUAAACUUGCAUCUCAUUAUAUUGACAUAUCUUAAAUUGGCUCUGUGACAUUAUAAAGAGAUGAGUAAAACAAGUCUGGCUUACUAUAAAGAAAUUGAUGUUGCAACAUCAUGGAGUAAUACUUCAGAAGCGAUUUUAUAAAUAUAGUAAUCCUACCAGUUUUGAAAAAAUCCCACAAUGUAAAAAGGAAAAAAAUCUGAAUGGUAAAAAUAACAAUUAUGAGAUAAAAGUUUUUUUUUUUUAAUCAAAGCAACAGAAAUGGGCUUUCCUGCUUGUCCAUCCCUCUGGGAGUAAAAUUUCAAUUCUCUACACCAAUUUGUGACUGCCUCCAAAUGGUCAAAUAAUUAUUAGUUGAUUUUUAUCAGAAAAUAAAUCAGCUAAAUGGCUCCAUUUAGCUGUUGGAGCCACUUGAACCAUUCUGCAUGCUGUAACAUAGAAUCACUAACAUUAUCUUGCUGAAACAUUUAAGUAGCAUUUAUGUCAAAUUUGUAGCACUAGUGCCUAUGUGCGUCAUAUAUGGCAUCUCUUAGUUGCAAUGCUCAUGUGAAAGAUUUAUUUAUUUAUUUUUAUUUUUUAUUUUUUGACUUGUACAAAAGCUUUCUGGCAUUUCUUUAACUGGAGAUGAAAUGACACUUUCAUCAGACGAGCAGGAAGCCACCCGUUGGAAAAACGAGGCAGAUAUGCAAUAGUGUGACAGAGAUUAGGUAUUUAAAAUGUAAAAUGUACAAAAUGUAAAGUAAUACUGCAAAGCAGUUUAUUACAACUAUUUGAAAUAAUUCUACAUUCUUACAUUUACAGCUACCAUCAUUGUUGCUUUUUUUACCUAAGAGAUUUAACACUUUUAAACACCUCUGUUUCUGCUUUUCACAGAAAGAACAAAAGUUCACACAUGUAACUAGAAUAAAAUUAAAUGUCCAGAGAGACAUUUUUUAAAAAAAGCAUCUACUUUAAGAAAGAAUGCAUUAUAGUGCAAGAUUACGUUAUUUUUUUACCUUUAUUAAAUGCAUUUUCUCAUCUUAAAUGUUUAUUCUAUAUUUUAUUAAGGCUCAAAUGCAUUUCAUGUCUCCAUCGAUGUAAAGAAUCUGUACUUUACAGAUGUAAUAAUGUAUAUGUUGGUUUUGUUGCGAUGUAACUUUAAAGCAUAUAAAAAGGAUUAGGGUUCAAAAUAAACCCUAACCCUGUAGGCCGGGGCUCAUGGACGUCAUUAACCCAUGCUGUUACUUUGUUGCAACAUGUAAAGUGAUAGUUUGCUUUAGCAAAAUUAAUUGAAGCAUCACAUUUGAAUAAAAAAUAUAUUUUGAUGAUUGAAACUAGAAAUUAUAUACUUUCUAUACAUGCAUCCAUUUAUUAAACCACUGACUAUCAUGCUUGUUACUGAACUUGUAUAAUCACAAGGAAAGCAUUAGCACCUUUAACAACAAAGUAUGGAAGUAACCUUUUAAAAUAAACUAUUGUUAUAUA